AUGAAGGGACUUGCAUUGGCAGCAGCAUUCCUUUGGAAGGCUGUCGCCGGUCUGACGGCCGCAGAAUGGCGCAGUCAAUCGAUCUACUUUCUUCUAACUGAUCGUUUUGGCCGUACAGACAAUUCGACCACGGCGACAUGCAACGUCAGCGAUCGGAUUUACUGCGGUGGUAGCUGGCAGGGAAUCAUCAAUCACUUGGAUUACAUCCAAGGCAUGGGAUUCACCGCCAUUUGGAUCACCCCCGUAACAGAACAGCUCUCUCAAGAUACUGGAGAUGGCGAAGCAUAUCACGGCUACUGGCAACAAGAGAUAUACAACGUCAACACAAACUAUGGCACUGCUGCCGAUCUUCUGGCCCUCUCGGAAGCCCUACACAGUCGAGGCAUGUAUCUCAUGGUAGACGUGGUUGCAAACCACAUGGGAUAUGAUGGAGCUGGUAACACUGUUGACUACAGUGUUUUCAACCCCUUCGAUUCUUCUUCUUACUUCCAUUCGUAUUGUGAGAUUAGUGAUUACUCAAAUCAGACAAACGUGGAGGACUGCUGGCUCGGAGAUACUACCGUCUCCCUUCCUGAUCUGGACACGACUCUUUCUUCAGUUCAGACUAUCUGGUACAACUGGGUGACCGACCUUGUUUCCAAUUAUUCCAUUGAUGGGCUACGAAUUGAUACAGUCAAGCACGUCCAGAAGUCAUUCUGGCCUGGCUACAACAGCGCUGCAGGUGUCUACUGUGUGGGAGAGGUUUUCGAUGGUGAUCCAGCAUAUACAUGUCCCUACCAGAGCUACCUAGAUGGUGUUCUAAACUAUCCCGUUUAUUAUCAACUUCUCUACGCUUUCGAGUCAACAAGUGGCAGCAUCAGCGAUCUUUACAACAUGAUCAACUCUGUUGCAUCUGACUGCUCCGACCCGACCUUACUUGGAAACUUUAUCGAGAAUCAUGACAACCCACGUUUUGCUUCCUACACGAGCGAUUAUUCUCAAGCGAAGAAUGUACUCUCCUACAUCUUCUUCUCUGACGGUAUUCCCAUUGUCUAUGCUGGUCAGGAGCAACACUAUAGUGGCGGCAGUGACCCUGCUAACCGUGAGGCAACCUGGCUUUCUGGAUACGACACGACGGCUGAGCUCUAUGAAUGGAUAACCUCCACAAACAAGAUUCGCAGUCUCGCCGUUUCCAUGGACACUUCUUACAUAACUUCCAAGAACGACGCUUUCUACACUGAUAGCAAUACCAUCGCUAUGAAGAAAGGUUCGAGUGGCUCGCAGGUUAUCACGGUCCUUUCGAACCUUGGCUCAUCGGGAAGCUCGUAUACCUUGACUCUCAGCGGAAGCGGUUAUUCGUCCGGCACCAAACUGAUGGAGAUGUAUACCUGCACUGCUGUUACUGUUGAUUCUAGCGGUAACAUCGCCGUACCGAUGACUUCCGGACUCCCUCGAGUCUACAUACUGGCCUCCUCGGCUUGCUCUAUCUGUAGUUCUGCCUGCUCAACAACUACAACCUCGUCGGCAACUUCGACCGCCGCGACAACAUCAACGACACUCAAAACUACCACAUCCUCCUCCACAAGUUGUACACAGGCUACUGCGUUGCCUGUUCUGUUCAAAGAGAUUGUAAUCACUUCAUACGGUCAGAACAUCUACAUCUCGGGCUCGAUCAGUGAGCUCGGUGACUGGGAUACCUCUAACGCUAUUGCCUUAUCCGCCAAUCAAUAUACCUCGUCCAACCCUCUAUGGUAUGUUGUGGUGACGAUUCCCGUGGGGACGUCAUUUGAAUACAAGUUUAUCGAGGAGACGAGCGGGUCUAGCACGAUUACUUGGGAAAGUGAUCCAAAUCGCUCAUAUACGGUGCCAACCGGCUGUGCAGGCUCAACAGCAACUGUCACAGCAACUUGGAGAUAG